AUGGGUCUGGUGCCGGUAAUUCCAGAAUAUCAGGUUGACAAAGUACGAUUGUUAGGUCCCGGUUUGGAGACAGCUGUGCGCCAUCAGACAAACGUUUUCUACGUUGACAUUCGAGACGCUGUCUCUCCAGAGACUCUUACUCAACUGUUAAAGACGCAGACUGUUUCGGGUAGUAAAAGUGCUUCUAUCUCAUCCCUGCAACAUCUAGUCGGAGUGAGUGUGAUGGACAAGCGAGGGGCCGAGUUGGAAUAUCGCACUUCACUUGUCUCACAACAACAUCUGGCUGAGCUAAUACGUACAGCCGCUGUAUCA